AUGAACAUUGCGGUAGCCAUUAGGUCAGCGAGAAGUUACCACCGCCACAGCCGCCACCACUCUCUGAGCUUGUUCUCUCCGCCUGCGAAACCGCCACGCCUCGGCCGGAGAACCCCUGGAGCUGUCUCGUUCAGGAACUCGGCGACUCAGAGCAGCAGACAGCAGGAGAGUGAAGACGACAGCAGCAGCAGCAACAACAACAGCAACGACAUGGAUAAAAGGAAGGAAGAAGAAGACGACAAUCCCACAGUGAUCAAAACCGGGGACGUGAUGGCGCAUUCGUUUGGGGAAGGGUACUCGACGAGGAGUGACGAGGAAGGGUUCGGGGGGAUAUAUGGAGGCAACGACUCUUGCAAGGUCAGGAAGGCCAAGGACAUCGACGAGGAUCACCCUGAGUACGACAAGUCGCAGGGAAGUGAAGUGAAAGAGAAGGAGAAGGCGCGACAUCAGCACACCGUCGACUCGUGAAUCUCGCAAGCAGAAGAUGCAAGCUCUAGCCUUUCAGCUUACUAUAAAUGAAUCUGUGAACAUGUUGAACCAAAUGUUGUUUUGUUGCUAGUAAGGUUUAGUGUUUUGUUGCUGGGAAUCUCUUCAGGUUCUCCUGACUCUGAUACUUCUGGCAUCUCCGUCUCUUCCUCGGCGUUAUGUUUAAAAGCAGCUCCUAAUUUAGGCAGUGAUUUGGUCGA